CUAAGAAUAAACCACAGCAGUAAUGGAUAAGGUUACAGCAAAGCCCUUAUUCUCAUGUUUUCUGACCUACUCCUUUGCAAGACACAGCAGUUUUACCGGGUGAAGUUUGCUGGUUUUAUUUGCAUUUACCACUGCCUGUUCUUUCUGCUUUCUUUCCUGCCUGGGGUGUCAGGAUUGGAAAUUACAUGCUGCUUCAAGGCCUCUUGACACCAAAAGAUAUUUUGCUAAAGGAAGCACUAACUCAAGGGCUCACAAGAAGUAUCUAGUUGGAAAGGGAAAAGCCUCAUUGUAACUUUUUCAGUAAGGACAGCUGGAAUUAUAUAUUAAUACAACUGAAAACUGAAUCCGAAAGUGACACCUAAAAGCACCAUGACUGAGAUAAAUACAGAAGGUCGAGCAUACGCUACCACAACUACUGUAAUUGAUGCAAAGAAUGGAAGUAUCUCAAAAUUAUCAGAGAAAACACCAAAGAAGUCAGUUGCCGAUGAUCUGGCUGCAACAUUUAGCUCUCCAGCUGCAUGGCUGCUUGUUGUGGCUUUAAUUUUUACUUGGUCUGCUGUUGCCAUCGUUAUGUUUGAUUUAGUGGAUUAUAAAAGCUAUGUUGGGGGUAUAGAUGAGCUCAGGUCUGACCCAAUGAAAGUCAUAGAUGAAGUGGUGGAAGAAUCCACUGAUUGGAUUUAUGGUGUCAUGUCCAUAAUCUCUGAUAUGGUAUCACCAGACGAUGAUGAUGAUGAUGAUGAUGAUGAAGGUGACUUGGACCAUCAUUUGAAAAGGAGAGGUGAACCUCCAACCAGGAAAAGAGAUUCUGAGGUGUUGGAUGUCAGCAUUAUGAAGAAGGUUGAAGAUAAUAAGAAGGAAGAUGAUAAAGAUGAUUUCCUCCAAAAGAAGUCACAGAAAGAGAAGCUGGGGAAUUCUGAAGAAAUUUACCUUGAUAGUGAUAAGGAUAAUAUGAAUGAGAUCGAAAGGAAGGAAAUAAUACUUCAUCCUAACAAAAGUCAUAAUAAUGAUGGUAGUUACAUAUCUAACAAUGGAAAGUCGGUGCAUAUUGACAAUGAAACUAAAUAUAAUAAAACCAGCAUCCAGUUUUCUGUCCAAGGUGGAAAAAGGCCUAAUCUGAAUAACAGCAUGAAAAACGUGAAUAGAAGAAUUAGAAUAAAAGACUAUGUUGAGGAUAAUUUUGAAACUUUGAGAAAUGGCAGAAAAGAGGAAGGUAAUGAAUAUCACCACCAAAGAAAUGACAUCAAAAAUAACUGUGGUACUGACAAGAAAACUAACUGUUUUACUGAAGAAGAGGAACAGGACAGUAAUUUUAAAAAAUGUUCCAAAUGUAGUCAUAAAAUCAUUAAUAGCAGCCUUGAAAGAUUUGAGGAAAGCCUUACUAAAACAGUUAAAGCCAAUGAAAACAAAUCAUUGAAGAGAAGUUUCAUCUACCAGAAUAACAGUACUUAUCAGAAUAGUGUUCACAAUACCAGUGACGAAAAUAUGCAAGUGGAUGUCAAGGAGGAGACGAAGAUCUUAAGAAUCAAAGGCAAGAAACCAAAUUAUGAAAAUACCAAAACAGAGGAAGUUCAAGAUGACUACACUUCAGGCAACUUUCAUGUUGCUAGAAGAACAAAGGAAAUACCUGAAAAGAAAGUGAAGGAUGAAAGGAAGGUUCCAGCAAAAGAGGUGAAAAAAGUGACCAAAGAGGAAGUAAAAGCAAAGAAGACAGCCAUACCAGAAAAGAAAGUAGAAAAACCUAAAGCAGAUGUCAAGGCAGUGGAAAAAACAAAGAGCAAAGGCAAAGCAAAGGAGGCUGAAUCGAAAGAUCAUUUACAGUUCUGUCGCUAUGUGGUUCACAUGUAUGCACAUGAGGAUGUUUCUUCAGUAGUUGUGCCAAUGAAGCAGCAAAUUGAAGUCCCCAAAAUGAAGGCCACUACACAAGCUGAAAGACCAGGAAGAAUCAAAAUCAAAGCAAGACCUUCAACAACAAUGGAAAAGAAACCUACUGUUAAGCCAAAAGAAGACAAAGUUAAGGCAGAGAAAACUGAAAUAAAGCAAGGGUGA